AUGUUUCAAAGAUCCGGGGCUGCCCGUCACAGCAAGUUACUUUUGCCUCGAAAGUGCCGUUUUAAAUCCUCAUUUGCAGUCGCUCUCAAUGCAGCCAGUAGAUUGGUAACUCCCAAGAUUCUUUGGAAUAACCCUAUUUCCCUAGUCUCGAAGGAAAUGAACACUUUGGCGAAAAACAUAGUCGCUCUGAUUGGAUCUGGCCAUCCGCUGCUUAACAAAGUUACUAGUUAUUACUUUGAAACAGAGGGGAAAAAAGUACGUCCUCUAUUAGUCUUGCUACUAUCGAGAGCGCUUUCGGAAAUCCCCUUAACAGAAAGAAACCAUUUGAAGAUUGACCGUGCAGAUGUUCCUGAGGACCCAAUUUACUCCAAGCCGGGCCAAAAUCAACUCUUUCAGCGUCCCGUAAGUAGUAUUUCGCCACUUCAUAUACUUCACGGUAUUAAACCACUAAAUCCCCUGACGAAAGGUCCGGAACCUUUGCUAGAAAAAGCCUUCGAUAAAGAAAGAGGCAUCUUACCCAAGCAAAGAAGAUUGGCAGAGAUUGUAGAGAUGAUUCAUACUGCAUCCUUGCUUCACGAUGACGUUAUCGACUAUUCCGAUACAAGAAGAGGAAGGCCAACCGGCAACGCUGCUUUCACUAACAAGAUGGCUGUAUUGGCUGGUGAUUUUCUCUUAGGAAGGGCGACAGUAUCAAUUUCGAGAUUGCAUAACCCUGAAGUUGUGGAGCUGAUGUCUAAUAGUAUUGCAAACCUUGUCGAAGGCGAAUUCAUGCAAUUAAAGAAUACAUCCAUCGAUCCAGACACAGAUACUAUUGAAAAUGGCCAUAAACUGCUUCCGGUUCCCUCUAAGAAACUUGAAGUUAAAGAGCACGAAUUUCGUGUUCCAAGUCGUCAACAGGGACUACAAUUAUCUCAUGACCAGCUAAUAGAAACUGCGUUUGAGUAUUACAUACACAAGACAUAUCUGAAGACAGCUGCUUUAAUUUCCAAAUCGUGUAGAUGUGCCGCUAUAUUAUCUGGUUCAACACCAGCCGUCGUUGACGAAUGCUAUGAUUUUGGUAGAAAUCUUGGUAUAUGUUUUCAACUUGUAGAUGAUAUGCUUGAUUUUACAGUCUCUGGAAAGGACUUAGGCAAACCAUCAGGUGCAGAUUUGAAACUAGGUAUUGCUACAGCUCCAGUUUUAUUUGCAUGGAAAGAAGAUCCGUCUCUUGGUCCACUUAUUUCACGUAAUUUUUCCGAAAGAGGUGAUGUUGAAAAAACCGUUGCUUCUGUCAGACACCACGAUGGUGUAGCCAAAACGAAAGCACUAGCAGAGGAAUAUAGAGACAAAGCAUUACAGAAUCUGCGGGAUUCUCUUCCUGAUUCAGACGCUCGUUCAGCCUUAGAGUUUUUAACUAAUAGUAUAUUAACAAGGAGAAGGUAG